GCGCUGUUCGAGUAGAUGGUCGUAGCUAGAAAGAGAGAAUGAAACGCUCUUGUUUGAGCUACAACAACCCCCAUCUCACAACAUCGACGUUUGCGUCGCGACUUCUCUUAUGUGCGGAUCUUCUGAUUGGACCAACUGACUAACGAAAAGUUGCAGCGGCCAAGUGCGUUAUAUCUCCACGGCCGCCGCACCCGUUUGACUCUCGUCUCUCGUCACAUCCUCUCUCACCGAACAUGUCUACGACGGUCGUGCUCGGAGCCCAAUGGGGCGACGAAGGCAAGGGCAAGCUCGCUGACAUCCUCGCCAACGAAUCGCAACUGUGCUGCCGCGCUCAGGGCGGUAACAACGCCGGCCACACCAUCGUCGCCAAUGGAGUCACAUACGACUUCCACAUCCUCCCCUCCGGCCUCGUCAACCCCAACUGCGUCAACGUCAUCGGCAGCGGCUGCGUCGUCCAUGUGCCCAGCUUCUUCAAGGAAUUGGAGGCGCUCGACAAGCACGGUCUCGACACCAAGGACAGGAUAUACAUCUCUGACAGGGCGCACGUCGUCUUUGAUGUCCACCAGCUUGUGGAUGGUCUUGAGGAGGUUGAGCUCGGUGGAGGAAACAUUGGAACCACGAGGAAGGGCAUCGGCCCAGCCUACAGCUCCAAGAUGACCAGGAGCGGCCUCCGCAUGUGCGAUCUGUUCGACGAGGAGGUCUUUGAGAAGAAGCUUCGCCGCGUCGCAGCUGGCUACCAAAAGCGCUUCGGUGACCUGCUGAAGUACGACGUCGAGGAGGAGAUCGCCAGGUACAAGGAACUCCGCCCCAAGAUUGCUCCUUACGUCGUCGACCAGGUUCCUCUCCUCCAGUCAGCGAAGGAGAAGAACGCAAAGAUCCUCGUUGAGGGUGCCAACGCUCUCAUGCUCGACAUCGACUAUGGCACAUAUCCCUUCGUCACAUCCUCGAACACCGGUCUUGGCGGUGUCAUCACAGGUCUUACCCUGGGCUGGCGUUCGAUCAAGGAGGUCAUUGGUGUAGUGAAGGCAUACACGACACGUGUUGGAUCUGGCCCCUUCCCUACCGAGCAGCUCAACGAGCUUGGCGAGAAGCUCCAGAAGGUUGGCCACGAGGUCGGUGUCACCACUGGUCGCAAGCGCCGUUGCGGAUGGCUCGACCUCGUCGUCCUCAAGCACUCGCACGCUUGCAACGACUACACCACCCUCAACCUCACCAAGCUUGAUGUUCUCGAUGACUUCGAGGAGCUCAAGAUUGCGACCGCAUACUCUCACAAGGGACAGAGGCUCGAAGGCUUCCCAUCGAACCCCGACGUGUUGGCCGAGGUAGAGGUUCACUAUGAGACCCUGCCUGGGUGGAAGAAGCCUACCACUGGCGCGAAGAGCUACUACGACCUGCCCAGCCAGGCAAGGGAGUACAUCGAGUUCAUCGAGAAGUUCAUCGGUGUCAAGGUCAAGUGGAUUGGUGUUGGACCUGCGCGUGAUCACAUGGUCGUCAGAUCGUGAUCCGCGAGAUGGGACCAUGGGCAGUAAGCCUAUAUCGAUUUCCUUUCCGUUUCAUGUACGUGCAUUUGCCAGAUCGGGCUCAACGCCUCGGUUUGGACACAGAAGAGUUGAGGUAUCUAGUCUAUAGAACUCCUGAAUCGUAGAUGUACAUACCAACACGUCUUCUUGCGGCAACGAUCUCAUAAUCACUGCCACGUACGGCAUUCCGCACCGAGCUAUCCAAACGUUCUUCUGGCAGAACAUCAUAAGUGGGGUGCAACCCCAAUAAGCUACCCCGCUUUCGUCAUUCAUACAGUACACAUCAUGGUGUGAUUGGUCAUCCAGAUGGCGAUGUGAAGUAUGACGCGUGGUUUAUAUACCUGAUGUAGGUACGUGCUUGCGAUCGAAAC